AUUCCUUUUAUAAAGCUAAUUAUUAAUUUUUAUAUACUUAAUAUUAUUGAAAAAUAUUGUAUUUUAUAGAGGAUAUUUUUAAGAAAAAUCAACACAAGUUUUUUUAUUGAUAUGAGCAAAAUCAGUCAAGAUGCUAGCGAAUCCUAAGAUUUCGCUUUCGAUGAUGAUCUGAUUGAGAUAAAUGUAAAUAAUUAGGUAGAAGACGAAGAUGAUUUAUCUGAAGUGCAAUUUAUUGAGUAACUCAAAAAAGGUUAAAAUGUAGCAAAUUAGCAGACUAAUUCUUAAAAUUAGAUCAAAAACAGCCAAUAAAAUAAUAUUUAAAGUCAAAAUUAUUAGUAAGGAAUUGAAUAAAAUGAUGACUAAGAGAACCUAAAUCACGAAGGAGAAAUUGUUUCUUUUAGAGAGGAUAUAUUAGAAUAAAUUGAUGAAUCUGAAUGCAAAAAUACUUUAAGCUAAAAAAAUGAGAAUCUUAACAAUUCAUUCUCAUACUCCAACUAAAAUAAAUCAUAAAAUAUAUUUUAUAAUGAAGAAAACCUUCAACAAGAAGGGGAUUUUAGUGGAUUGAAUAUCUUCUAAAGAAAUUAACUUUAGUAAGAAUUCAAAAAAUUGUCAGCUAAAAAAGAUGAGCAGCUUGCAGCAAGUUAAGGAAGUUUAGAAGAUUAAUUAAAGGUUAAUUCUUAACAGCUAAAUAAUUUUUCUUCAUAAAAUCAAUUUACAUCUAACUUCGAGCAAGAAUUUGAUAUGAAUAAUUUAAAUAUCUAAAGCAAAAAUUAGUAGAACAUAUUUUCCUACUAAGAUUCUUCAAAUCAAUAGCAGUAAAGCUAGCUUGCUGAGUAUGAAGAAAAGGAAAACUAAAACUUUUUAAAAAAAACAUAUAAUAUCGGUGAAGAAGAUAAUGCUGUAAAUAAUGAUAAUGACCAUGAAUCAUCUAAUUUACUUGAACUUCCUGUUUUUGAAAAUGAAAAAUAAGAUUUAUUGUUAGAAGAUAAGUUGAUUGGCUAAUAAAAUAAUUUAUUAAUAGAAUAAAACCAAAUUAUUAAAGAAAAUCAGGAUGAAGAAGAAGAAGACGAUGACGAAGAUGAAAUGAUUCUACUUAAAAACAUAGCAAAUACCUAUCAUUCUUAAUAAAGACAAAAAUAAUCAGAAGAAUUAAGUUAAGGAGAAUAAAAAUAAUUUUUUAUGGAAAAAGAAUCUCCUUAAAAAUAAUAAAUUGAGCAAGAAAAUGAAAAUAAAAAGCAAGAAAAUAAUGAGCAAAUUGAAGAAAGUUUUUAAUAAAUUGAAUAAAAUAAUAAAAUAGUAAAUCAAUAAGAUUAAGUUGAUUAACUAGAAAUAAAAGAAACUCAACACAAAUAGCAAAAUUUAUCAUAAGAGCAAUAAUAAAAUAGUGAAUUUGAAACUUUUGAAAAUAAAAACCAACAAGAGAUUUAAAAUACAAUCCAAGAAGAUAAGUAAAAUCUGAUAACGAAUUAAGAUAUCAUAGAAUAAGAUUUAACUAAAGAAAAUUAUUAGUUGUUAAAUCAGAAUCAAGAUAUGUAGCAAGAUUAAGAAUCAAAUUCCGAAUUAUUAUAAAAGCACGAGAAAGAAGCAAGAUAGGAAGGAUUAUAAAUGAUAGAUGAAAACGAAAUAUAGUAAAAUAAUUAAAACGAAACAUAAUAAAAAAAUUAAAAUGAAGAAUAAAAAAAUGAAUUAGAAAAUAAUUUUAAUAACUAAAUUUUUCUAAAGCAAAGUAUUGAAUAAGAUAAAGGAAUAAAUUCACAAGAGCAUUAAAGCGAAAUUAAUAAUUUAUAAGUCAAAGAAAAUGAAAGUAAAAAAAUGGAGAUUGAAUACUAAUAGAGCACUGAUAAGUAAACUAAUGAAAAAGAAUAAUCAAUAGAAUAAGAAGGUAAAUAAUAAAAUAAUUAACAAAAAGAAGAACCUCUAUAAGCUAAAUAGCCAAACAAUGGUUAAAUUUAAUAUAUAGCUACUUAGAAUGAAUGCUCAGAAGAAAAUAAUAAUCCUCCUAAAAAAAGUAUAAGCGAAGCACCUUAGACAAUAGCAAGCAUUUUCUAGUAAUUAGCUUCUGUGUUUUAAAAUAUGAUAAUUCCCUAGAGUAUGAUUAAUAUGUCUCUUAACAAUAAUACAACUAUUGAGUAAUAACCAGAAUAGUUUUAAACUUCAGCAAAUAUCUAAUAACAAAUAAAUUAAUUGUAAAACUAAGUAACUUUUAUUUAAAAUUCAGUUAUUCAUAUUCCUAAUCACUUAUAGCAAGUUACUAAUAUUUUAGCUAAAGUUACAAACUCAAAUAUUACUGUAAACCCAAACAUAUAGCAAUUAACCUCUAUUUCAAAUAAUGUUUAGACUUAGCCAGUAAAUAAAAUAACCAAAGAAUAAUCUUAAGUGUAAAAGUAAUCAAAAGAUACAAAGUAGAGUACAUCAAAAGAAGAUAAUGAAAAGGCUAAGAAACCACUAGAAAAAAGCAGAAAUAAAAAAGCUGAUAGCUCAGAGGAUGAAGAAAGUGAAGAAGAUAAUGAAUCAAGUGAAGAAGAGUCUGGAUCUGAAAGUGAAGAAGAAAGUGAUGAUGAAAAUGAUAUUUCUGACUUGAAAAAUUUAUCAUCUAAAAUUUCAAAUUCAAAUUAAAAAUCAAAAAUAGGAAGUGGUACACUCUCAUCUAAAUCAAACAAUAGUUUAUUCGGUUUUGGAUCAUCUAUAAAUAAAAAAACAACUUAUAUAUAACCUAAAAAUAACUUCAGUGCACCUAAGAUGAUAACAACUCCUACAAAAGGAUUAACAACUAGUUUUGGAUCUUCAAAAAUUGAACCUCCUCAAGAACCAUAAAUUGAUUAAAUAACUAUCAAUGCAGCAAGUAUUGGCUUUAAAGAACCUAAGCUUUUCAUAGCUGAAUCUGAAAGAGUUAUUAAAUCUGAUGACAUAGAGAUAGAGGAUGAAUCUCUAAAACCGUUAUAUGAAUAUCUAAAUAAAUUAGAUUAACCAACUAGUUUUCUAAUUAUUAAAGAUUAAUUUUAAAAUUUGACAGAUGAGUAAAUUCAUACUGCUUUGCAUGAUUUCAAAUCAGAAGAAAAAAUAGGAAUUGUAGAAUUGUUUUUACCAAAAUAUGCUAAAUGCAAUAGUGCUAGAAUCGAUUAUUAUUAUGUAGAAAUGAUAAUACCACCUCCUAAGCCUAAAUAAGUAGAACCUGAGCAUACAGAAGAAUAAAAGGAAAAUACUGUUGAAAAGUAAGAAUUGAAAAUAGAAAACGCAGGUGAUCGUAAAAAGUAUGAAUCUAUGACAGAUGAUCAGCUCCUAAGUUAUUAAAAAGAAUUAAACUUGAGAAAACAAGCAUUAUUAGAUAAAAAAUAAAAUGCCAACCCCACUUCUGAUAGACUUAAGAAAAUACAAUAAUGGAAUGAAAUGAAGGAAGUCAUAUCAACUGUAUUUGAAAGAAUAGCAGUCCUAAAGGGUAAAAGAAUUCAGGAGAUAUGUGAUGAUUUCGGAGUAAAAUUAGAAGACUGA